AUGGCCUCACAGAAUCUUAAAAGUCCUGUUGUUGCUGCUGCUGCUGCUGCUUCCGCUUCUGCUCAAACUAUUCCCUCGUCCACAAUCUCAACAACCACGCCAUCUUCAAUUUCCCUAAUCUCCCCUUCUGAUCCACCCAAUCAUUCAUUUCCACCACCACCAGCCCUCUCUACAUCUUCCUCCUCUACCUCUACCUCUACCUCUACAUCCUACUCAGUAUCUGCUCCGCCAAGUAACGUCAACGUCAAAGUCUCGCUCACAAAAACUUACUCGGGUACGUCCGAGCGGGAGCUUCUCCACAUGGCCUCGGACAUUUCUUACGCAGACCUUAAACGUCUCUACACGCUCAACCCAUUAGCAUCCUCAACAACCACAGCCAAGUAUCCUGCGGUGCGAGCUCUCAACCCGUUUCAGAAAAAACGUAUUCUCGUGACGGGCGGUGCCGGGUUUGUUGGAUCCCACUUGGUGGACCGGCUCAUGCUCAUGGGCCAUGACGUGCUUUGCAUUGAUAAUUACUUUACCGGGCAUAAAGCUAACGUUGCCCAGUGGAUCGGUCACCCAAACUUUGAACUCAUUCGCCACGACGUAAUUGAUCCCAUUAUGCUUGAAGUCGAUCAGAUUUAUCACCUCGCUUGUCCUGCAUCGCCUGUCCACUACCAGUCAAAUCCUGUCAAAACUCUCAAAACAGGGUUUCUGGGGACUUACAAUAUGCUGGGACUUGCCAAAAGAGUCAAGGCCCGAAUUUUAAUUGCAUCAACCUCGGAAAUUUACGGUGACCCUCUCGAACAUCCACAGCGUGAGUCCUACUGGGGUAAUGUCAAUAUUCAAGGUCCUCGGGCGUGUUAUGACGAAAGCAAGCGUGUGGGUGAGACUCUGGCAUAUUCAUACAUGAUGCAAGAACAGGUGGAUGUUCGUGUAGCGCGUAUCUUUAAUACCUAUGGGCCUCGCAUGAAUUGGAAUGAUGGCCGGGUGGUUUCCAAUUUCAUUUUGCAGGCCUUGAAAAAUGAAGACUUGACAGUUUAUGGACCAGGAGACUCUACCCGGUCUUUCCAGUACGUGAUUGAUUUGGUGGACGGUUUGAUUGAACUCAUGAAUUGUGAGGAACCCACGGCCUCGGAGCCUGUCAAUAUCGGCAACCCUGAAGAGUACACCAUUUCUCAAUUUGCACAAAUAACAAUUGACCUUGUCAAGGCUGUCACAGGCAAAUGUGACUCACGUAUCGUUUAUCUGGACCCCCUAGUUGAUGACCCACACCGUCGGAGGCCAGAUACGACCCGUGCACGAGAAUUACUUGGUUGGCGGCCCAAGUGGUCAGUGGACCGAGGGAUGCGUGAAACAAUUGAGUAUUUCAAGUGGCAAGUGGAAAUUAUGUCUAGUUAG